AUGUCCUCUCUACUCUCCAAGUCGUUUGAUGCACUAAAGAUCUCGACCCCGGAUUCGAUCAGGCAACGACCAAUUAAACUUGUUCGUCCGAAGAAGCAGCCUCAUGUCCAGUUUUACGGAUACGCGAUCUCUCAUGAAUGGCUUGUCCGGUCUGGGGAGCAAUACUGCCCAGAAGCAUUGCCCGAUCGCUGUGACAGGGGCUAUGAAGACACUGCCAUCUCACGAGCAUACGAAUAA